AUGUCGGCUCCCGCGCUUAAAAACUUUGAGCCAAAGGAUCCCGUUCAGCUCAGUCCCCCCAAGGACGACCCCAUCUCUGUCGAAAAGUUGGGGGAGGCUGACGGUAAGCUUAUGUGUUACAAUUGAAAUCACCUUUGAUAUUCAAAUCUGCACGUCUGCUCUUGUGAACAACCUAUUAAAGUAUACGCAUUGUAGGGUCCGCCGAAGGACGUCCGGUCUAUGUCGCUAUCAAGGUCUAUCAUCUCCUUCAUUUACUACCCCUUAGUAGGCUAGAACUAGUGAAGCUAAAUGAGUACAGGGCAUCGUCUUUGACGUGUCGAACAACAGGUCUUCUUAUGGCCCUGGAGGUUCCUAUCAUGGUGUGUAUCCUGGGCUGUUUCCGCGUAAGCUAUGCAACGGCCUGAUAUUGAUCUAAUGUUUCUUUUCUUCGCCGUAGUCUUCGCGGGAAAGGAUGCCUCCCGUGCUCUGGCCAAGUCAUCCGUCAAACCCGAGGAUGCCAUUGCCAAGUGGGACGAUCUUGGGGACAAGGAGAAAAGAGUGCUAAAUGACUGGUAAGCCUGUAUUCUCUAAAUAAGGAAGAUUUAUUCAUAUGCUAUUCCCGCCGCCACCCGACGUCAACUCGCGAGCACUAGAUGGCUAAUUUAGCUCCGGCUACGCAGGUACACCUUCUUCUCCAAACGCUAUAAUAUUGUUGGGAGGGUCGUUGGUUCUGACCACUGAGGUGUUUCUUCUUCUCUUCUUGUCCUCUCCUGUAUAGCUUUUGUUAGGGUCGAGGAAGGAGGGAGUCUAAAUAUUAUUUUCCUUAUUAUUUUCUCUACAUCUAGUAUACCACAGGUAACCAGCGCAAAGUCCAACAGACAGGCAGAAAAUCAAGACAAAGUGAAUAUUAAAGAAAGAAGGCAAAAAGGUCUUCGUUCGAACAUGUCUGUGUGAAAUACGCUUUCCCCACAUGUCCGGUUGUAUGGCGACACCAUACACUACCACCCGAGCAUCUUGGCACCUGCGCUGCAUGCUAUCUCUGCUUUGGUCCUGACGUGCCAUGCUUCAGAUGUUUGGUAUUCAGCCAUCACUCUAUCCGGUGCACUGGCAAUCAACACUGUGCCAUUCUCCCCCUUGAGCACCCAAUAUACUUUGAUACCUGCGACUAACCCGACCGCCCCACCGAGGACGUA